AUGGGCUUGGACCAAGCCUUGGCACCUCAAGUCGGAUCGAACGGAGACGAGAAAACGGCCCGGAUUACGCGGGAACUCGUACGAACGAGUGGCUUUUACAGGCAACAGAAGGAGGAGGAGCUGUGGCACAGCCCGGAGAAAACGCUAGCCGGGGAGCUUUCGGUUUUCGCGGCGUCCGUCCAAUUCGACAGGCGUCUCACUCGGCAAAUUGCCGCUCCAAGUUCACAAGUUCAUCCAUCCACUGGACGCGCUAGACUUCUCAUUCUAGCCCCAGAGACUACAAUGCGGCAUCGACAAUACGCAACAUUAGCUACGGUCGUGGUUUGGGUGGUCACGCUAGCAUUCGUCACGGCAGCUAAGAACGAUACGACGGCAGGUACAACGUACCCGACCAAGUCUGGCAUCAAAAUCUGGGUCGACCCUGCAACGCCCGAUGACCGACAAACGUACACCAGUUCACGUGGCAGAAAAUGGGACCUGGUCAUGAGCGACGAGUUCAACACUCCCAACCGUAGCUUCCGACCUGGUGACGACCAUAUCUGGACGUCGCUGGAGAAACCCGAUGGUGUCAACGGUGCACUCGAGUUGUAUUCACAUAACAUGACCUCAACGAAGUGUGACGACGACGGAACAUGCUACUUCUACAUUAAGGCUGUCGACGAAUUGAACGUGAUUCAUGUGUACAACAUGUACACGCACCCUCCGGGAUACGUCGAUGCUUACUUCUUCUACCGUGCAGCAAUGGUCCAGUCUUGGAACAAAUUCUGCUACCAAGGUGGCAUGAUCGAAACGCGCGUACAGCUCCCGGGUGUCGUCACUCCCGAGUCUGGUAAUCCCGACCUUGCCAAGGGGAAGAACUCGAAGGUUGAGGCGACGAAAUUCUACCCGACCUGGCCCGGUAUCUGGAUGAUGGGGAACCUCGGUCGUGCCAUUUUCUCGGCCUCAACGAACCGCAUGUGGCCGUUCUCAUACGAUAAGUGUGAGCCUGAUCUGUUUGACCCGAGUUACCAACGUAUCAGUGCGUGUAAUGACAACCCCGGCUACGGAUUGAACCCGAACCAAGGCCGUGGCGCUCCUGAGAUUGACGUGCUGGAAGGCGGUGCUACUCUUGUGUCUUCGUCGCUUCAAAUUGGACCUGGUAUGCCGGAUGAAUACCGUAUCAUCGGUGUUAACUACUCAUCGGGAGACAGUUCGUCCUGUAUCUACGCCGGUACUUGUAUGAGUCCCGGCGCGAACUACGUUGACGUCCCGACAGCGUACUACAAGAAGGAACGCGGACACAAGUCAUGGUACCAGGGUCUGCGUUACUCAGCCAACAACUACUGCCAGCAGGACGCCGACGCGAAGCAAUCGUACAGCACAAUUGCUGCGUCCGUGAAAUCUGGCAUCACUGAGAACUCAUGCUCGGUGGAUAUUUGCCCUGCCUCGAACGAUGUCAACGGCGAUUUGAGCUUGAUUGACAGCAAGGGCGAGGAUCACUGGGGUAUCAACACAAACGGUACCUGUUUCCCGCUGUUCAACGUGUACACCGGUGCCUACUUGUGUGACCCCGACAACACAUUUUACAAGUGUGCGAAGCCACGAAAUGAAUCUACUACGCCCAAGUCGAACGCCAUGAGCCAAUUCAACUAUCAGAUGGACGCCAUCUCGGCCAAUUGGCCAGUGCACCUCGGCGCGUACAUGGACUUUGUGACGUACCAGCUCGAGUGGGUCACCGGUAAGAACGGCUACGUGCGAUGGAACCUCAUGGGUAGCCCGCUGUUUGAAGUGCCGUCCAAGUCUAUCUGGGAUAUCCCACAGAACUCGAACAAGACUAAUCCGACCAAGGCGAUGCUGGAGGAACCGAUGUACCUUAUCUUCAACGUCGCGUUGUCGAGUUCGUGGGGUGCCACGCCUCCCAACCCGGGCAAGGCAUGCCGCGGUGACGGCUCUGAUAAAGUGGCUAAUAAGAUCUGUGACGCCUUCCCGUUGUACCUGAAGAUCGACUACAUCCGUCUGUACCAGGACUUGGCAGACGACCUGGAAGAAGACAACUACAUGCACGUUGGCUGUGAUCCAGAUACUCACCCUACCAAGAAGUGGAUCGACGCUCAUAUCGAUGAGUACGAGGAUGACGACAAUAAACACAAAGUGGUUGCUGGCAAGGCGUUCUGUACCGUGAAUGAUGACUGCACGAUUGGAGGCAGCUUGGGUAAGACACUGCUAAAGACUGGCAAGUGUGUGAAGGGACGAUGCCAGUGCACGUACUCGUCGUCGUGGGGCGGUCCGCGCUGUACGACGGCCGUCUCGGGAUCCUCCUCGACCACUGUUGCCAGCAAGUCCGUCAGUACCAACUCGUACGGCCCCCCGUUCGGCAUGUCGAUUGGUAUCGCAGCCAUCAUCGUGUUCCUGAGUUUCGUGUCCGUCAUGUGGUCGUCCAUGAAAGAGAAGAAGGCAGCAGCUCUGCUUAAAAAGCAGGGUAAGAUUGCUGCAGACCUGAGCUACCGCGGCAACGAAGCACAGGUCAAAUUUGACGCCGAGCGGCAAUCGCACGGCAAUGGAAGCGAUCCUCGUCAGAGACCGAGGGACAACUACAGCCAAAAUUUCGUCUAA